GCGACUGCUCUAAGAGCCAGGCCGCCCGUCGCCACUCGACCGUACACCAAGAAAAGGAGCACCAGUCUACCUACAUGCGCACACACCUGUUCGUUACGGUGCACCCACACCGACAGUAGACGCGACGUGUCCACCACCUGCGGAAUUCCACGCGUGCCACCACGCGUUUAACCAUCUGUGAUAAAAACGUACCAUCGAUCAUGGUACAGCAUUGAAGAUACAGGACUGACUUGUGACGUGUGAUACGUGCAACAGCUGUGUGAACUGAAGACACUUUUCUUCUUUUUCUUCUUUUUUUUUUUCAUAGUGAUUAUGGAUAUGGUUGGGGAUGAUUUGGGUGGAGGGAUGGUUGAUCGGAGGUGCAGUUACACGUGUACCAGGACGAAGCAUCGUGCUGAUUGUUAAGGAUUGCUCUUGUGAACAGUUUCGACAGAUAUUGAGAUUGCUGCUGCUGAGUGGAGUUAAGGGAGAAGAGUGUCGUUCAAGAUAGUGUCGAAGGGUCGAGAUCGUUCAGGAUACGUGGGUGUCCAGGUGGGUGCGUGCAUGGAAGAAAGAAACGAGAGGAGGAGCUCGUGGUACGAAGGAGAAACAGGCGGAGCAUCAAGGUGGCUCCGCUAACGGCACGUGCGGCGGUGAAAAAAUGUCGAGCGCCGCGGACAGUCCUGAUGGGAUGGCUUUGCAGUCGCACUAUUCCCUACGAUGGAACAAUCAUCAGACUCACAUACUGCAGGCAUUCGAGGCGCUGUUACACGCAGAGAUACUCGUCGACGUGACCCUGGUCUGCGCCGAAACCAGCCUCAGAGCGCACAAGGUCGUUCUUAGUGCUUGCAGUCCAUUUUUCGAGAGGAUAUUUGCGGAGCACCCGUGCAAACAUCCGGUGAUCGUGCUGAAGGACUUCCCGGGCCACGAGGUGGCGGCGUUAAUUGACUUCAUGUACCGCGGCGAGGUGAGAGUGGGUCGCGAGGAGCUCCCAGGACUGAUGAGAGCAGCAGAGAGUUUGCAAGUGCGUGGAUUAGCGUCGUCGGAGCCAAGGCCGGCGUCCCCGCCGGACACCCCGACGGCGGACCUACUAUUGGGAGAACCGUCGACACCGGAAGGUGCCCGACAGGGCAGCCCAGAGGAGGAUGACAACGCGUCGGAGAGCACGGCGCCGCCAACGCGGGAGCCGUCAUCGGUGACGACUACCGCCAUAUUCCACCCAGCGAGGGACCAUCGCGACAGGCUACCGCACAUGGGUCAUUUGCACUUCGGGAUGCGCGAGCUGCGAGAGAGCUGCGGUUCACCGCUGCUGCCACGGCGAAAACAGGCCCGACCCCGAAGGAGAUCCGGGGAACUGGUACCGCAGGACCUGAGUCGACCCCACGCACCCCCGAGCCUGAGUCCACCCGCCAAUGGAUUGAAUCUGAGCAGUGGUCAACAGCAACAACAACAACAACAACAACAGCAACACCAUCAACAACAGCAGCCUCAAGAGGAUAUGGCGGAGAAUCUCUCUAUGAAGAGGUCCCUGUCACCGAGUGGAGCCGAACAACAUCAAGUGAAAGCGGAGAGCAGCGAAACGGCGAGCAGUCCAAGGGCGUCUCCGCUGACGGGCACAAGUCUGCUGCACCCUGACGGGUCUCUCCAGGACAUCCCGUCUGCAGCAGCAGCGGCGGCGGCGGCGGCGGCGGCGGCUGCUGCGACCGGCCUUCCGGCCAUGUCAGCAUUGUCGCUGACGCCGCCGCAUCAUCACAGCGAGUACCUGACGAGCUUGGGCCAGUUAGCGGCUCAGUGGUUACCAAACCACCCGCAGAACCAACUGCCUCCCCCACCUCAGGGCCACCAUCAGCGAGAAGGCAGCCCCCACGGGCCCAACAGAACGCAUCCCUACCAGCAACAGCAGCAACAACAACAACAGCAACAGGAGUCUCCGUUAGGGCCGCGACGCACCUCUGUCACAGCAAUGUUCCCACUGGAUGGCGUGGCAUCUUUGGGUGGCGGACUGUUUCCCCAUGCGGGUGCCCUGGACAGAGGAUCCCUCUUGGCGGACUUGCACGACAGCUUUAAACCUGAAACCCUGCACGGUCUGUUCGGCGCGGCGGGUCUCGGUGGUCACCAUCCGGGGAAAAAGCCGAAAAAGCACAGGGGCGACGGAGACUCGCCCCGCAGGUGGGGGGAUCAUGGUAGCAGGGGUCUACCGGUUGGAAGGCCCAAAGGCCAGCACAGUGCACCUAGAGGAGGACCUCCUAGAUCGUGGACAAACGCGGAGCUCACUGAGGCGCUGCAGCACGUCUGGAACAAGAAGAUGACCACGUCGCAGGCGAGCAGGAUCUUCGGCAUCCCAUAUAAUAGCCUCCUCAUGUACGUGCGAGGGAAGUACGGGAAGAGUCUGAAGUUGGAGCAAUUGAGGAGGGACUGCACGGGCGCCACCACCGGGGAGGUGGUGAUGAACUCGUUGAACAACAACGUAAAGGCUGUCCAGCCGCCCACGCAAAUGACCCAUCCCCUGACCGGCUUGCCUCCCCACCCAGGCGACGACGGAGGAUUCCCUCACCACUCGUUGCUGGCCGGCAAUUUGCCCCAGGGUUUCUUCCCUGACUUCGCGGCCGCCGCGUUCCCGGUGCCGGUUAGUAUGGUGCAUUUGCUACCCCCCAGCGAACAGAAGGCUUACGAGUCGCCUGCGAACCCCGGCGGUGGUGCCGCGGGCAGCGGCGAUCUGUCCACCGGCCGGAGCAGUCGUUCGCCCUCACCCGUCGACCAUCAUCAUCAUCAUCACGAGUCUCUACAGCCGCAGCCGCCCCAGUCGGCACCCGCGCUGCUCCAGCAAAACGGGUCGGACUAGAAGAGAACCCUAGGUGCUCGAAGAAUACACUGAACAGAACACAUCUAACCUAAACCCCCCCCCCGAUUCGUUCUCUUCUCGCAAGACUGACUUUACGAAAGGGUACAACGCUUAAGCCGCACGCUGUCUACUCCUUUUUGUCCGUCAGCUAAAAUAUUGACGUCGCCUCCAUGGUCCAGCUGCAAGAUGAAGCUGCGCCCGCGGCCCAGACUACUCGUUAUAUUCAUCACUAUAAAUAGUUCCUGCUACAAAAGAGCGAUCAUACCAAAUAGUACAGUUUAACGGAUGGAGAAAAUUGCUCCGUUGCUUGAAAAUGCCGCUGCAGACAUCCCUCGUCGAGAAAGUGACGCUUCCGCUACACGAGGUAAGACUUGAACAAUAGUUUAAAUGUUCUGAUACCGUGCGGAGACAGCAGGAAUGGUUGUUGCUCGUUUAUUUUACACUUUUUGCCGACAUAUUUUUGCGACAUAUAUAUAUAUAUAUAUUGUUACACAGUUUAUUAACGAUGUUGCCGUAUCUGACACUGACCAAAUAGAAUCACAGCUGCUGUCCCCGGUGACGGGUCGAAACGAGCUUCCAAGCUGAUCUUUAUUCAUUUUUAUGCGUCACUUUCGAGCGAGACGUUUGCGUUGCUCCCUGACGCGGAUUUAAAUGCCCGCCAAUUAUCAUCGUUCGGAAAUCGGGGGUUCCACAUGCUAGAUGACGGUCAGAGCUUGCCAGGAUAGUUUGGUGUUUCUCGUUUUCACAGUCGGCCGUUUCUGGCCAUAGGGGCGAGCAUUGGCCUAAUUAGGGGACAGGGUGGGAUUGAAUACCAGAAAAAUGAGGGGUGACCUUCUCACUAUUCUAAAAAAUUUAGCUGGCACAUCUCAUCCGAAAGUCCUAGUUUCGCUAAUGUGUUUGAUAUUCAUCCCCCAUGAUCAUUUUCUAAUUUUCUUUUUCUGCAUUAUCUUGACCAGCUCCGCGCGUCAUCUCGCUGAAAAGAAGAGACAAAUGAAUUUUAAUCGUAGACCAGAAUUUCGCAAACAAUAUUUCGACAGACGGAAGCGCAGGGUAACUAACACAUCAGGGAUAGCCACAGACAAAUCUACGAGCUAACGUAUUAAACUUGUAAAGGUAAAUGAUGAACAAAAAAGAAAAAAAAAAAAAUGAUGAAAAAUGAAAAAAAUUAACGUAAAUCUAUAAUAACGAGAUACACAGAGUGGCGAGGAAACCGACACUAAUGGAAACGGUUCAAUUCCGGUUGAUGUCAUAACCUUGCUGCAAUUAGCGAGAGCGAGAUUAAAAUAUAUUAUUAUUUAAAGAAAUAAUUAGAGUGUAACGAAUGAGUGGAGAGUGGAUGGGUAAGAAGAAGGGGUUUAAGUAAAUAUUAGAGAGACCACAGGCUUUCAGCCCCCAAAAUAGCCUGUACAAUACAAACUGAUAUUAUUGAUUAUUAAUAUUAUAUAUAUAUAUAUAUAAAUAUUAUAUAUACAGGGUGUUUCAAAAGAGUUUAUAACUACUUCGAUGGGUCAUACCGCAUGUUCAGUACUGUAUAUUUGUAUUAUUUAUUGUUUUUUAUUAAGAAUUGACAAUAGCUUGUUUCAAACUAGUUGAAUUUUUUGGGGAGUGUUUGUUCAUUUAAUAAUUUUAUAAAAAUUUUUAUUUUUAAUUUAUUUUUAUUUUUUAAUUAAUUAAUCAAUUGCAUUAAAUUCAUGGUGUCCGAUUUUAACGCGAUUAGAAUACCUUGAUAACUUACGUUGUACAGUGUCGAACAUGGAAUUUCCAAGGGAAAAUGAUGAUCUUUGCACAUGACUAUGGGGGCAUUUACCUGUAUCCAUGAGGGUAGAUCUAACUUCUCUCAUACAUCGUCAUUAAUUCAAAAAUAAGUUUUAUAAAAAACAAACUGACCAUUACGGUACGAUCGCAUCGAGAAUGGUUUUAACAAUUUUUUAUCCACUCUGUUGACGAGAAGAAGGAGCGAGAUAAUCUAGAUGAAUGUGUGUGAGAAAAUCUUUUUUUCUCUAAAAAAGAAAAGAAAGAAGUGUACGUGCGAAUGGUUGGUAUGCCCGAUGCGAAAGAGACUACGUAAUAGACAUAAUGUGAUAGGCACCAUGUGCAGACUUCAGUAUUAUUUUGCAGUUAAAACGGGGUAAAAAAGAAACAAAACAAAAAAUACGAAGUGGAUCUGUACGUUAGUUAGAAAACUUACGCCUGUUUCGUUGUUCGUAAGCGAUUAUUUUUAGGAACCACACCCCUGAUCGCGAAAACACACUCGACCAAUCCACUCGGGGUCAUACGAGCCUAGGGAUACUUGUUCGGCUCACAAGAUACCGGAUGUAUGGUUGGCCGUGCGAAAGAGUGAGACUCAGAUAUGCUUGUGUGAAAGGAUACACACGUCUACUCGCAUAAUCACACACGCACACUGAGAUUAAUUAUCAUUGCCACAUAGGUUGUAGGUAGAAAGAAAUGAAGAGGUGCGUGUCGAUUGGUCACUUUAUUACUCGAGAAAUAUUGUGUGGGUUGGUCCAAAAAUAAUGAGAUCAUUAAGAAAAAUUUUGAUUUGAAAUACUUAAAUUAAUGUAGAAUGAAAAUUAAUACAUUCAUUAAUUUUUUUAAUUCAAAAUUCAUUUUCAUCAAGUUAUGGCAACUUCAGUUAUUUAAAUAAUCAAUCAAUCAUCGCAUUUUUUAUAUCUCUGCAAUAGAAUUUCCAUUAUUUUUGGACCAAAUCGCAUAAGAAUAUGAUUGCACGUAGUACAAGUUAGUUGAAUUAUUGAAGGGAUCGUGUAACCGUUGAAGGGUUGGUCGGUAAUAAUUAAUUCGUUGUUAGUGAUGUUGGACGAAAUGGCGGCGGGAGGGAGGAUACGAAAGGUUGUAUUCGAAUGGUGGUAGAAGAAACAGAAAAUCGGACAUUUGUGAUUUGUCGUGUUGUUACUGAUUUCUUACUUGGGUCGCUAUUAUUAUUACUGUAGUAUGAUUAUUAUUAUUAUCGUUCUUUGUGUUACAAUUAUUAUCUAAUAUUAUUAAUUAAUGAAUUGAUCGGAAGCGAUCGAUUGACUCGCGCCACUUAUGGUCGCCUCGUUUCAAAUGCGACAUAUCAUUAGCUCUAUCGUUAAUUUUUCUUUUCUUUAAAUAAAUAAUGUGCACGUUUUCAACACUUUGACUGGCGUGAAAAUGGCAUUAAAUCAAAAACGCGAAACCGCGUGCUUCAUCGCCAGUAUUUAAAGGUGGCACACAACGACUGACUAGUUUUUCUUCAAUUUUCCAAAGUCCACCGUACCUUUCUAAAACUAUAAAAUUCAUAUGUCUAAGGGGGUAGAUCUAUGAUCUAUUGCCUUUGGCAGAAACCUGUUAGGGAAUAAUCUUCAAUUGAAUAUACUUUUGAGUCGGUGAUGACUGAUUGGUGGUGAAGUUUACAUGGCGGCGGUCAAAGUGUUGAGAAGACGAGUGAAAUGGUGCGUUAAAAGAUAAGGUGUUUCGAGAACUAUGCAGAAAAAUCAUCAUCAAAUUCAAAGUCAUUUUUGUGAAAUAAAAAUUAAAGGAUUAGUAUCACUUUGAGCUUAGAGUAUCAAUAUUGUCAAUUUGAGGGUAGAAUUUGUGAUAUUUUAAGAGUUGUUUUAAGAAGCAUCUCUAAACAGUGAUAAAACUUGACUGCUUAUAAUUAUUUAAGAGAAAUCAUUCAUUUAUUUUUUUAGUUUUUAUAAAAAUAAGCAUUGUCAGUAUCAAAUAUUCAAUAAAUUGGCGGCCAUCAGAAGGCUAGAAUUCAAAAUUCAGCGAAAGUCUUGCAACUUUUGCAAAUUAUAAACAUGAAAACAGUAUUUAAAUUAUUGACUUAUCAUCGAUAAGAACAAUAGCCAAAUGUGUUUUCUAUGUAUAUGUGGAAGGAUAAGUUAAUUCCUAAUUGGAUCAACUAAGUAUUUAGUUUUCCAAGCUAUUGCUCCAUAUUUCUGAUUUUACUUCAACAACCACUCAAAAUGAAUAAUAGAAAAAGAAACAAAUUUCUAGAAAUACCUUAUACUUUUAUCUUACAACUCCACAAAAACCAUUUCACUCAAUUAAUGAAUUUUUAUCGCGAUAAUCUUUCGUACAACGUUACUCGUUAUCCCCUUAGUCCUUAAGUAGGAAUUAUCACCCUUACUAUUGUUAUCAUGAUUACCCUGAUCAUUCUCAUUUUUAUUAUGGUCGUCAAUCGUUAUCAUUACAUCCACAAUUAAACGAAUACACACAUCGUUAAUUAACCAUGCUAUAUUGUAUACACUGUUAAACACUGAUUAUACAUAACUUCUACGUAUACAGUAAAUGUAUAGUCUGAGGCAAUGAGGUUUCCUUGAAUUAAAAAGUCAGAUUUUCCAACGUAAACAGACAAAACCCCAAACAAUUAUACAAACUCCAUCAUGGGUUUCUAAUGCUACAGAAUAGGGUGGUAAAUAUACGGUCUAUGCCAGGACCUAAAAUUUCUUUCACAAAGCGUAGAUCUACCCCCUUAGGUGACAACGUGUGAACACACAGAGUCGAAGAUAAUUUUUCUCUUUGAAUUUUUCCCAAGCACAUAGAAUUCUUCAAAAGAAGCCUCAUUGCUACGAAAUGUACAUCCAAUGGCAGAAACAUAGAACAGAGAUACAUACUUUGAUUUUCUGGGACUCCGUAACCGAAGUCACCAUCUUAAGUUCCUACAGUGCGAGGAUGAAAAUAAGUACAGGAAAAGGGAAAAAACCGAACAAGAAUGAGAAAAAGUAUUAUUGUUGAGAGUGAGCGUAAGAGAGAAAGAAUUGAAAGCGCGAGCAUAUACGAUAUCGCCCGGAAGAAAUAAUUAUUUUUAAUUUACGUGGAAGCUGAAUACACUUGUACAUAGGAUCCAAAAGAGCGAGCAGUCGAUUAUUUAUACGUAAUAUACAUACAUACCAAAUAUAUAUGUAUAUACAUAUAUAUUUCACGCGAGCAUUGUUCUUCGGAUACAACCUUCAAAAUUGUAAGAAACUGCGUGAAUGAGAGAGGAAUGUACGAAGAGAGUGUAAGCGAGUGUGAGGAGAGAAUGAGUACAUAAAACACGCGGUUUCUUUGUCGUGCAAUAUGUAAUGUGGGAAGUUUGAGAAAGUUUCCGAGUUCCGUGUAUCGGGUGCAAAAGUGUAUCGGGGGUGCGAGUUACCGGUAUUAGAUGGCGUUCUGCUACCGAUGGUCGGUAGUCAUACCCAUUGUCGGUUAAACAGAUUUAUUCAGUUCUUUUGAACCUAGUUUUUCGCGGCUUUUCACUCGACACGGACGAGGAGCAUUUCCAUCGGUCACAUUUUUUUUUUGACCGGGUUCCAAUGGUCGUGACAUAGAAACCGUCAAAUUCAACUGUAUAAAAGCGACAGAGAUGAAACCAGGAAAAACAGAUGAAAUAGUUACUGCAUCGGUUGUGCUGUCACGUAGUUCCUAAAUCGCCCUAGCCUCGCCCCGAGCGCACGAGAGAAAAAUAAACUGAAUUUCAAUGCUGUUGCAAUUCGUGGUACGGUAAACGCUGCGACUUCGAUGCUCUUGGUUGAAGGAAUAUAAUUCAUUAUCUUUAGUAAUAUUAUUAACACUAUUAUUCCUGAUACAGUACAGAGCAUGGAGCUACCUAGGGAAAAAAUGUGAUUUAGUGAAGGAGAGCACAUUAAAAUUACAAGUUUGCUGAUAUUAAUUUAGAAAAAAAUCAAUGUAAUUUCAACAUUUUUUAAAUUGACAAAUUUCAAAAUUGUAAUUACAAAGUUCUGAGAUCCGAAUUUUAAAAUUUCCAAAAAUAUGAAUUCAAAUUUUCCUGCAUAAACAUUUACAUGCUAUUGGUAGUUCCCCUCCUCCUUUUCAAUGUAAUAUUUCCUAGGCAAAUCUCCCAUUCUCAGAACUGUACCUAAUACUAAUAUCCAUCUUAACAAAACAGAGAAUUUUUUUUUAAACGCUGCGCUGAAUUUAAUCCUACAGAGUUAUAUCCAUCGUUAUUUAGUUAUCUCAUCCUUUAAUUUUCUACUAAAUAUAAAAUAUAUUGCGACAGGAUUAAAAUCGUGGAGACCAAGAAUUUUAUGAACUAGUUUCACGCAGUGUUUAAGAAAGAAAGUAAUUUAUUUCACCGAUAAUACCAGAGCAAGGGGACAAGUUUCGAAUUUGAAACUAAUGUGGCGAUAUACGGAAUAAUGGAGUUAGGGUUCCAUAACGGUGCUUAGCCGUAUUUACCGUACAACGAAAAGAAGAAAUAGAACGAUAACCGGUUGUUAAUUCUACUUCCGGUUUUGUACGAUACACCCAAUAAAACGAUCGAAAGCGCACAUUGCAGAAAUAUAAUAUAACGAUAUAUUUAUACGAAUUACAAUUGUACCAUAAUGAUUAUAAUACUACUUAUUAUAUUAUACAGAGCCGCCGCCACCCAGUAUAUUUUUUACAGGUUUACAUUGUAUUACAGUUUAUAAAAGUUUGAUAUACAAUAACAAUUACCUAAGGCGCAUUGCCAUGGUGUCGCGUGGGCCUAAUAACUAUAGGUAGAACUGCAAAAAACAUCAUGGACAAUGCGCCACUCUAUAACUACAAUAACUUCCGAGUGUUUGAGAACCGAUGUAUUUCGAGAAACCAUAAGGUAAUGGCGAGCAGAAAGACUUUUCUUUCGUGCCGAACAUAUAGAUAUUUUAUAUGUAUACACAAACAAUAUAUAUAUAUGUAUAAAUAUAAAUAUAUGUAUACAGAAUGCGUGCAGCGCAUUUCACGCACAACGAGACUCUUUAUAAAUAGGAUGGAUUAUGCGAUCAGUCGAGUACAAUUUAAUUAGUAUUGAUCCGCCAAACGAUAGAAAUAGAAACGGAAGGGGGUUGUGUACUGUUGCUGUGACCGUUGCCUUGCGACCAGCAAUAGACUUGCACAUUUUCUUUUCAUUUUUUUCUUUUUAAUUUAUAUUUAACACUUUGAUGGUUUUAUAUUUUAUGCAGCUUUAUGUACAUUCCUUAUCGGGAGAUUAUUAACCCUUUAGGUAUACAUACGCUGUGUCUUGCCAUGCUUAGGAUUGUACAUAAUAUUAAAUAAAUGCUUCUGCACAUAAAUUGAUAAUUCUCCAAAAAAAAAAUUAAUAUAAUUUCUAAUUAUUAAAUGUUAUAAAAUUAUAUUUCCUAGUAAUACCAACUUCAUUAGAGCCUGAAGAGUUAACAGCAAAACAUACAAGUACACCUUCCAAUAAAAGCAACCAUGAUGAAAGGGUUAAUAUAAUUACACAUUCUUGAUAGUUUCAUUAUGAAUUUUGAGCCAUCGAAGUGUUAAAAGGAAGCAGAGAUUGUUCGUCGUUCGUUGAUAUUAAUUAAUAAAUGAAUUGAAGAGUACGAAAUAGACCUCGGUUCUCAAACUCUCGUGCCGACAAUGCAUUGAAUAAAUGCUGCAUAACUUGUGAUACGUUUACCACUGGUUACUACAGAGACUUCCUAGCCGGUCCUACGACAGGAUCGGCGCCACUAGUUCACUCACGCACACGAUUCAACGUUUAUACCGAUUUAUUACGGAUUUAUUGAUUACGUACGAUAAAUUAAAUUAGAUGAUGUACUUAAACGAACAGAAAAAAAAGAAACGGUCAUUGUGAAAGGCGCGAAGAAAACGGUGUGAUGCGCACACGAGGCUAGGACGAGGCUAGCUACCUAAAUCCCACGUUCACUCUUCGGACUAAAAAGAAAACGAUACAUACGUACACACAUACACAGACAUACACACACGACCCAAUCGUAUUCACCCGCCCUGAUAAUGAGAAUUACUAUAUUAACCCCAAUAAAAACUGUACAUACAAUUGCAACGUU